AUUUUCAUACAUCGAUCUCAUCUGCAAUUAUCAUUGUUGUAUUAUUUUCUCCACCAUGGAGUCACCGAUAAUUACUAUCAAAGUUAUCAUUUCAUUCUUUUGCUUGUACAUGCUUUUGUCGCACUUGCAUCUCACCACUUUGAACCCUACUGCCUUUGCUUUGGAGGACUGUCAGUUUCCAACCGUCUUUAACUUUGGGGACUCUAAUUCAGAUACUGGCGGAUUGGCCUCAUCCCUUAUUGCACCAACCCCUCCUUAUGGUGAGACAUUUUUUGGUAUGCCGGCCGGAAGAUUCGCAGAUGGCCGUCUCACAAUCGAUUUCCUCGCAAAAAGUGUUGGCCACCCUUUUCUAAGCGCAUAUUUGGAUUCACUUGGGACCAACUUCUCGUCCGGUGCAAAUUUUGCCACUGCAGCUUCCACAAUCAGGCUGCCCAAUAGCGUUAUACCAAGUGGUGGAUUUAGCCCUUUCUUCCUUGAUAUUCAGUACAUGCAGUUCAUGCAAUUCAAAUCCAGAUCACGACUCAUAAGGCAAAGAGGAGGAAUAUAUGCAAGUUUACUGCCCAAGGAUGAGUACUUCCCCAAAGCUUUAUACACAUUUGACAUUGGUCAGAACGACCUUGGGGAAGGGUUCUUUGCAAACAAGACUAUAAAGGAGGUGAAUGCAUCUGUUCCUGAUAUAAUCAUCAAGUUCUCAACAAAUAUUCAGAAAAUAUAUGACUUGGGAGCCAGAUUGUUUUGGAUCCACAACACUGGGCCAAUUGGCUGUCUCCCUUACAUUUUAGCUAAUUUUCCAUCAGCUCAAAAGGACGAGGUUGGCUGCGCAAAGUCUUACAAUGAAGUGGCUCAGUAUUUUAACCACCAACUGAAGGAAGCCACAGUUCAACUUAGGAAGGAUCUUCCUUUGGCUGCAUUUACUUACGUGGACAUAUAUUCUGUCAAAUACUCUCUUUACAAGGAACCAAAAAAAUAUGGGUUUGAGUUCCCACUUGUUGCUUGUUGUGGGUUUGGUGGGAAGCACAACUAUAGCAGUAGUGCUGGAUGUGGAACAACAGUUACAGUCAAUGGAAGCCAAAUAUUUGUUGGUUCGUGCAAAAGCCCGUCAGUGAGAGUGAAUUGGGAUGGCAUUCAUUAUACUGAGGCAGCUAACAAGUUUGUUUUUGACAAAAUUUCAACUGGAGCAUUUUCAGAUCCACCCCUUCCCUUAAAACAUGCAUGUCACAGGAUUUAGACUAAUUAAAAAUUAAUUAAACCAUAAAUAAGUACUCCUGCAGACGCAUGCAUGUGGAAAACUGGAAAUCUUUUAUGGCAAUAAUGUUCUACCUUGUAUAAGCUACUUUAAGUCGUUAAGGUAGUAGGUUAGAACCACAAAAAAAAAUAAAGGCUCCAACAUUCAGUACUGUUGUAACUAUAUUGGAAACUCUUAUGAUGAUUAUACACUAGCCCAUUUGUAUAAGAUGUAUCAGGUUCAUCCUUAAGGCAUGUA